AUCCAUGACGUGGCAUGAAAUUCGAAUCCCCGCCCAAAGCCCGGACUUCAUUUCACCCGCAAUUGAAUUUCAAUUUCCCCCACUCAUUAUCUCCCUCUUUCGGCGCGUCAACUCUUCCUUCGCAUUCCUCUUCGUAUCUCUCCGAAACCCUAACCCUAUCCCUCGCGAUCGAAGGAGCUGUGUUCGUCGUUGUUCCGGCUGCUUAAUUGCAGGAUUAGCCAUGAAGGGAGGUAAAUCGAACUCCAAGAAAGGGGACAACAAGCUCGCCGUGAAGAGGAAAGGUGCCGCCACUACUAAAGCGGCGAAGAAGGCCGCGAAGGACCCUAACAAGCCCAAGAGGCCUCCCAGUGCCUUUUUCGUUUUCAUGGAAGAAUUUAGGAAGCAUUACAAAGAGAAACACCCGAGUAAUAAAUCAGUUGCGGUUGUGGGCAAAGCUGGCGGUGAUAAAUGGAAGUCCUUGACUGACGAUGAAAAGGCUCCCUAUAUAUCAAAGGCUGAGAAGCGUAAAGCUGAUUACGAGAAAACCAUGAAGGCCUACAACAAGAAACAGGCUGAAGCACCGAAGGCUGUGGAGGAAGAUGAGGAUUCUGACAAGUCUAGGUCAGAGGUUAAUGAUGAUGAAGAUGAUGAGGAUGAGGAGGGAAGUGGAGAGGUUUGUAACAAUCCUACGAUUUUUAAUUAGUUGGAUACAAUUUUAACCCACGUUUUGUUUUAUUGAGAAUGGAUUAUUUGCUUCUGUUGCAGGAGGAUGAUGAUGAGUAAUCUUUGGGCAACAAAGAUAGAUAUCAUCAUGUAGGUUUUUUUCUUUAUAUUUUUGGGGAAAAUUUUCCCUCUUUUGCUGGUUGGUGGUAUUAUGUUAAUCCUUAUUGGCAACAUGUUACAGUGGCUGGAAAUUUUAUGCUAAUUCUAUUUUUCGGCA